GCUUAGAGACCAUGUCAUCCAAAGAGGAUUUCAAAUAUUGAGAAUUAAGAAUGAGAAGAAAAGGGUAAAAGCCGUGUGUGCCUCAACAGGGUGUACAUGGAGCAUCUAUGCCUCACCUUGUGAUGCAGGAUGUACGUUUAUGAUUAAGUCAAUGUGCAAAGAACAUAGUUGUGGUAGAGAUGAUGAGAACAAGAAUGUCACAUCUACUUGGAUAGUAAAGCAUCUUGCAUCACAGCUAAAAGCAGUCCCUGACAUGAAAACUGAUGCAAUGCAAGCAUACUUUAUGGAUAACUUCUGUAUCAAAGUACCUUACCAAACAUGUUAUAGAGCCAAAAAGAAAGCUAUUGAGAAUAAUGAAGGUAGUCAUUCAAAGACAUAUGCAAAAUUACUUGCUUAUGGUGAUCUGAUUAUGGAGAAAAAUCCAGGAAGUGUGUUCAAGCUCCAAUUUUAUGAGAGGAGUGUAAUGUUUGAUCCACCUGUGUUUAAAAGAUUCUUUAUUUGUUUCAAAACAUGUGUAGAUGGCUUUUUGAAUGGUUGUAGGCCAUUCAUUGGUGUUGAUGGUUGCCAUUUAAAAGGCACAUUUGGUGGUGUUUUGCUUGUUGUAGUAACAGUAGAUGGAAACAGAGGGUUAUUCCCAUUUGCUUAUGGAGUGAUUGAAACUAAGUGCAAGGACAAUUGGUAUUUCUUCUUGAACCAAUUGUAUACAGUUCUACAUGCUGGCAUAUGUGACAAUCCAAUCACUUUCAUGUCUGACAAGCAAAAGGGUUUAUGUGAUGCCAUCACCAAUGUAUUCCCAAGAAGCCAGCAUAGAUGAUGUUGUAGACACCUAUACCAAAAUUAUAAGUUAGCCAAGCAUACAAGUAUAUUACUGAGGAAACACUUUUGGAGAGCAGCAAAAGCAUCAAAUCACUUUUUAGUUGAGAAGGCAAUGAAUGAUAUGAAGGCCACGAAGAAAGAAGCAUAUGUUUGGCUCAGUAAGAUGCCUCCGUGAAUCUAGGCAAGGCUUGCUUUUGACUUUGGGUGUAAAAGUGGUCACAUCACAAAUAACAUGACCGAAUCCUUUAAUCAAUGGAUUGCACCGUUCAGAGGAAAGCUAGUGCUGACAUUGAUUGAUUAUAUUAGGAAACAGUUGAUGGAUAAAAAUGCAAAAGAGAUAUCAGCUGGGAUGUAACUUCAAAGGUAGGGUCACCCCGAGGAUCAAGGCUAAGUUGGAUGUCAUAAACAUUGAAGCAAGAGGGUGCAUGGUUCAAAAAGCAGGUUUAGAAGAGUUUGGAGUGUCAGAAAUGGAAGGUCGGUAUGUAGUUAAUGUGAAGAAACAAACAUGUGGUUGCAAGGUUUGAGAAAGCACAGGCCUGCCAUGUAAGCAUACAGUUGCCUAUUUAAAAUAUAAUAGAAAAAGUCUGGAAAAGUACUGUGAUGAUCAUUACAAUGUGGCAAGAUACAUGACAGUAUGCAAAGAGAUCAUUCAUGCAUUACCUGGACUUGAUAAGCUUCCACUAGAGCAUAUGAUGGGGAUUGUUCAGCCUCCACCAAUACUAAGGUUGGUUGGUAGACCACAUAAAGUGAGGAGGAAGGAACCGGGUGAGGGACUAUUUGGAGAGUUCAGAAAGAGAUCUAACACUGUGAGGUGUGGAAGAUGUAAGUCACUAGAGCACAACAAAAGGACAUGCACAGGACCACUAGUGCAAGAGAAGAAAACUCAUACUAGGAAGAUAGUCAGAGCAAAGAGAAAGCAGAGUAGUGGAAGCUCUUCAUAGGUAACUACAAGGUCACAAGCUUCCAACACUGCAACUGAAGUGAAUAUUCAAUCGAAGACUAAAGCUCAACUGAAGGCCAAAGAAGAUAAGAGAAAGCACGUGAAGCAUUGAAAAAGGCAAAGAAUCAAGGAAGUACAUCAAAGGAUUGAGUAUGAGGAGAUGGAGAGAAGAUGAAAACAAUGGACUUAAUUUUUGUCAAAAACAAUGUGUUUUGUUGUGGAAAAUAUUAUAACUAUUAAGUAGUAUUGAUUUGGAUGUGUUAUAACUUUAUAUUGGUAUGGUAUGUGAUGCAUAUCUUGAUGUGGUUGUCUAUUC